GUCGUAGACCUAAAAUCAAACGUAAAGUUCCGCAAUUACUUUUGGAUUUGAUGAAAAAAUGCUUAGAUGCUGAACCUCAAAGCAGACCAACUGCUAAAGCGUUAGUAGAUAAGCUGGGUAAAUUUUCUCAAGAUUUGGGAUAUAAAAGCACAGAACUUUACAAACAG